UGUGUGCAGCGUGUAAACAUGGCAAAUGUUGACAAAGUUAAAAUACUUGUCGUCGGAGACUCAGGUGUAGGGAAGACAUCACUGGUUCAUCUGAUCUGUCACAACGAACCAACAAACAGUCCAGGAUGGACUAUAGGAUGCUCAGUGGAUGUGAAACUGCACGAGUAUAAGGCUGGUACAGCUGCAGAGAAGACCUUCUUUGUGGAACUGUGGGACAUUGGAGGCUGCACGGGACACCAAAAUAGCCGCUCCAUUUUCUAUAACCCUGUUCAUGGUAUUAUUCUAGUACAUGAUCUCACAAACAGAAAAUCACAGCAAAAUCUCCGGAGCUGGCUGGCUGAGGUGCUGAAGAAAGACAACAAAUCUUCAGGAAAUGGCUUUGAAAUGGAUCCUGAACAGUUUGCUGGGAACCAGAUUCCAUUGCUAGUCAUUGGGACGAAGGCUGAGCAGGUGGAGACGAUGAGAAACAAGGGAAAAUCUCGUGGAUCUUCAGUGGCUGAUGAGUUUGGAGCUGAUCAGAUUGACCUGGACAGCCAGAUUGUUAAAUACCUAGCACCUGGAUCCACCAAUGCAGUAAAAUUAUCAAGAUUUUUUGACAAGGUUAUAGAAAGGCGAUAUUAUUCACGUGAGGGUCAAGGCCAAAGUCAAGGGCACUUCAGUCCACCGCCAGAGAGGAGAAGAUUUAAAAACUCUCAUGUGGAUUAAAACAUGGUCAAGGCCAAAGUCAAGGUCACUUCAGUCCACCACCAGAGAGGAGAAGAUGUAAAAACUCUUACGUAGAUUGAAUCAUGUACACGUUUUAUUUACAUGUUAUUGUGAUAUUUUAAUGUUUAUGUCAAAAUUGCUGAUGAAUACAAUAUUCAAAUAUAUACUAUGUUUUGAUGACUAUGUUAUAAAGACAUGUACACGUACUACGAUAUGGCACAACUUUAUUGCAUUCUGAAGUAUUCCUGCUCAAAUUUAUAAUACAUACACAUGAUUUAUGGUAGGUAUUAAAUGCUUAGAUGAUUUUAUUUAUGCAUUCUCAAGUGAUCGUAAGGUCCAGUUAUUUUAUUUGUCAACAGUGUUUUAAUUGUCUUUGUGUUAUCAAUUUGUAAACCAAUUAUCAUCUUUAC